GCUGCUCCGCCCGCCGCCGCCCGCCCGGCCGCGCUGGCCCUCGUCACCCUCCUCAGCUUCGCCUCCCGCUUCCACCGCCUGCCGGAGCCGCCGCACGUCUGUUGGGAUGAAACUCAUUUUGGGAAGAUGGGAAGUUACUACAUUAAUCGGACUUUCUUCUUUGAUGUCCACCCUCCUUUGGGGAAGAUGCUGAUUGGACUUGCUGGCUACCUUAGUGGAUAUGAUGGUACGUUUCCUUUCCAAAAGCCGGGGGACCGAUAUGAGCAGCACAACUACAUGGGAAUGAGAGGGUUUUGUGCAUUCCUUGGCUCCUGCCUCGUUCCCUUUGCCUACCUCACAGUGUUGGAACUGUCAAAGUCACUGCCAGCAGCCUUACUCACAGCUUUCAUCCUUAUUUUUGAUACAGGCUGUAUUACUUUGUCCCAAUAUAUUCUGCUGGAUCCCAUUCUGAUGUUCUUCCUCAUGGCAGCUGUUCUGAGUAUGGUGAAAUGUAACAGCUGUGCAGAUAGGCCAUUUUCUGCCUCCUGGUGGUUCUGGCUGAGUCUGACUGGUGUGAACCUUGCUGGAGCAAUGGGGGUAAAGUUUGUUGGCCUUUUUGUAGUCCUCUUGGUAGGCCUGAACACAAUCUAUGACCUAUGGGACUUGCUGGGGAACCUUAGUCUGUCACUGGUGAUGUUUGGGAAACAUUUACUGGCUCGUGUACUUUGCCUCAUCGUGCUCCCACUUGCCCUCUACAUGGCUAUGUUUGCUGUUCAUUUUACAGUAUUAAAUAAAAGUGGCCCUGGGGAUGGUUUCUUCAGUUCAGCAUUUCAGUCCCAGCUGAUCGGGAACAAUCUUCAUAAUGUCUCCAUUCCAGAGCACUUGGCAUAUGGGUCUGUGGUCACAAUGAAGAACCUUCGGAUGGCAGGGGGAUACCUUCACUCCCACUGGCACCUCUACCCAGAGGGCAUUGGGGCCCGCCAGCAGCAGGUCACUGCCUACUUACAUAAAGAUUUGAAUAACCUGUGGAUUAUAAAGAAACAUGAUUCAGAUGCAGCAGAUCUGUCAGACCCCCUGAGCCCUGUGGAGUUUGUGAGGCAUGGAGAUAUUAUACGUCUGGAACAUAAAGAAACUUCUAGAAAUCUACACAGUCACCAACAUGAAGCUCCCCUGACAAGAAAGCAUUUUCAGGUCACUGGCUAUGGAAUAAAUGGAACAGGAGACUCCAAUGAUUUCUGGCGGAUUGAAGUGGUGGGCAGAAAGACUGGGAAGCUCAUCAAAGUCCUACGGAGUCAGAUCCGGUUAAUCCAUGUGGCCACAGGGUGUAUAUUGGGCUCUUCUGGAAAGACUCUGCCAAAAUGGGGUUGGGAACAAGUGGAAGUCACCUGCACACCGUACCUGAAGGACUCUCCCAAUUCCCUCUGGAACUUUGAAGAUCAUAUUAACCCUAAGUUGCCCAACAUCAGCCUGGAUGUUUUGAAGCCUUCUUUUGCAGAAAUUCUGCUAGAAUCCCACAUGGUUAUGAUCCGGGGAAACAGCGGCCUCAAACCAAAGGACAAUGAAGUUACAUCCAAACCUUGGCACUGGCCCAUCAAUUACCAGGGCUUGCGUUUUUCUGGUGUCAAUGAGACUGAUUAUCGUGUCUAUUUGCUGGGAAACCCAGUGAUUUGGUGGCUAAAUCUGGUCACUAUGGGGUUAUAUUUUCUGAUAUCAAUUUGCACUGCAGUGGCACUGAAGAGAGGUGUCCAACUGACAUCUGAACUCAAAGAACUGUCCAGAGUCGUGCUACGUGGUGGAGGGCAGAUCACACUGGGUUGGCUUCUUCAUUACCUCCCUUUUUUUAUGAUGGGACGAGUUCUCUACUUUCACCACUACUUUCCUGCCAUGCUUUUUUCCAGCAUGUUGACAGGAAUCACCUGGGACUCACUACUGAAGUUUUGUGCUGGGUUCUUGUCACCCAGCACUACAGCUAGAAAAGUAUAUGGAGGGGGGUUCCUGGCACUGGUUCUGCUUAUCCUGUACAGCUUCUACCUCUUCCAUCCUCUGUCCUAUGGGAUGAUAGGACCUAUGGCCUCCGACCCUAGCAGCCCCAUGGCAGGGCUCCGGUGGAUGGACUCCUGGGAGUUCUAGAGCCAACAAGGGAAGCCUGGGAACAGUGGAUGAGAAGCAGGAGAUCUGCUGUAUGUCAGGCUGAUUCUGGUGCUUUGAAGACAUGUGACUGUAAAAUGCCCUCUCUGGAGAACUCUGGAUAUAGGUAGCCCUGUUGUUUUGGCAUUCAUUUGCACUGCCUGCAUUGGAAGAUGCAGAGGGUGAGAAGGUCCCCUUAAAUUAAAAGAAUCAUGUCCUGAAUCCUUAGGUUAUAUUCAUGGACAACUGGCUGCUUAGAUGUCAAUUCUUUUGAGCAAUAUAUACCAGUCAAACAGCAGUGGCAUUCCAGCAGUCAGAGGAGUAGAAGCUGGAGGUUGUCCGUGGUUGCAUGGACACCCGUGUGUGUCUUCCUUCUUGUAAUCUAAGCACCAUUAUAGUUGGAAAGCCAGGCAAUGUCUGAGACCUUAGGACUUCUAUCAUGAUUAACAACCUUUCUUUUGGUGAGGUUUCUGAAAGCAUCCUGUAAGUAUAGGGGGACCUCCGUUCUACCCUGCUCUGGCUGUCUGCAGUUCUUUUGUUCUGACUCUGAUUUUUUAGAAUUUGACUGAAAGGAGUCUGCUUGAAAUCUCCUGAGCCACCGUGCCUUGCCUGUCUCCCAGGCCUUCUGCACACAGAGAUGGAAGUUGUUUAGCCCUGUAUACUGCUUUGCUUUCUGGUCUCCUUUAAUCAUUUAAACAGUUACCUAACAGGCGUGUUUCCAGAGCCAGACUGUUCCAACUCAGCACUUUGUAGCUUCUUUUCAGUUCUGUCUGAAACUGCCAAGGAAAUGACAGUGGAAAUGACAGGUGAUUUAUUUUCAGCCCCAGUAUGCUGUGGAGACCAGCAUGAGGGUGUACUAGAGACUGAAAUGAUAGCUUGGAAAUUUUACAGAUAGCUGUCAUUCAGCUUUUGAUCCCAGCUAUUUCAGUGCCAGUACCUGUGCUUUUAGGGGAAGGCUUCAUCUUAAUGAAUGUGGCAUCUGCAAAAUUGACUGCUGGUGCCAAGGUAUCUGCUCACUAUAUUUCCAUAUGGAAAAACUUCUCUCUCAUAGAUUGCUGGACAUCAGAUUACUGUAUUGAAGGAAAUGUGAGGCCAAGCAAAAAUUCUUUGUCCGUUAAGUGUCAAGAGCCAUUGAAUGUUGAAUCCACCCCUUCAAAGGAAGCAGAAUUCUGUUUAUCAGGUGCCUUUGUUCUGUGUUAGGUCUAUUUUUGUAGAUGUUCCUUUUAUUCCAACUUCUACUCUUCACCCAGUUUCAAUUUCUUGUCACAGUUCAAGUUCCUACUUUGUAGCAUCCAGCAUGAAUGACACUUAGACCCCACCUGUGUUCCUGUCUCAAGAAACUCAUUUGAAACUCUUUUGUGUAUGUUUCAAUGAACUCAAGCCUUUCAUUUCAGAGUUCUUGUUCUGCUUCACAGCCUUUCAUCAAAACUACAGGUGAGUGUGUCUGCCUUUAAAUAUGAGUUGUGCAUUUAUUUCUCUUAGCAAAUCUUGAAUUCUGAUGUAUUUUCUACCACACAGAAGGGCUGCAUUAGCAUAGUUGAUCUGUGGGGGGUACUAGAUUCCAGUCAGACUUGCUUUCAUUCCCCUUCAAUAGAGAUCCAUAGCAUUGUUCAGUAAGGCAGCUGCUUGCUGUUGUAAGGCUCUGGCUUGGUCUGUCACAUCUCUCCAGAAGCUGACUGCUAUAGAUACCACCUCAAAUGGGAUGGACCUGUGCUUUUGAUUCCAAAGGUUUUGAGUUAAUCACCUGCUGGUCACGUACGGUGGGAAGUCAUUAGCUACUGGAUUUGAUGAUUCUUUUCCCCUUGUUAUUGCAGGAAGUGCUCCUACCUGCAUGAGCCAGGGGCUCACUGUGGUAUUAUGUAGGCAAGAAGGAAGAGGGAGAAGGCUGCAAACUUCUUCAGAUCCUGCUUUAUCUGACAGCAGCUGCAAAUUGUUAACUGUUGGCAAUGUGGAAGGCAGACAGUGCAAUGCUGCGUUUGUAGCAAUGGGGUUCAGCAUCUUCUACUCUUGGUGAGAUUAUUAAUACUUUGCUGUCCUGAAUCUGAGCUUUCCCUAGGGUAGUCCCAUUUUCAUGGGGAAGAUUUGCCAAAAGAGCUGAUAAAAGCUAUGAUUAAAAGUGCAAAGUUUUUUUUCCUUAGCAUUAACAACAAAAAACCCCUAAGAAACGUGAGCAUUUUGGAAUGACAGUUUCUAAAACUCUUAAUUCAUCAGAUUAAAUCUGUGGGAAUGCAAAAAUUGAGUUAGUAACCUUGAUUUGUCCACUUGUUUUGAAGGGGUCAGCUUUGUAGGAGUUGCCUGAAGAAGAUGAACCAGUCUGUUGCUUGGCCAGGGUCCCUCCACCCUUUAUCACUAAUCAUCUUUUGGAUGUGGAUUGGUAACUGAGUGCUAAAGGUGGCAAAUGUCAUGCUCCCAUCCCACCUUCCUGUGCACAAGCCCAGCUUCUGUUUCAAUACACACAAAGGUUUAUUUUUCUUUAGGAUUGGUGUUUCAGAAAUUCUCUGAAAGCAUUAGAGUGACAUUGAGACCAAUCUGUUUCUUAGGUCUUGUGUGCUGGUAAGGGGAUGGAGGCAUACAGUGAAAAAAAAUCUCCCUAUUCCACAAGAGGGAGCAAAUUCCAGCAGAACUUUUUUUCUUUUGUAAUCUGGUGGUAAAAAGAUUGAAAGAUCUAUAUUGAAGUGUAGAGAGCAGAUGUUUCCUCUGUACGGUGUGGACUCCAAGUGUUGGGUUUUCAAGUAAGUGUAGAUUGAUGUAUGUACGUCUGUCUUCUUUCAAGAGAAAAAUAUGAUUUUUUUUUUUUUUAUAUUUGACCUUCAAUAUUGCUUCUUAAAACCUGUCAGGCCAUAGGUGGAACAUAAUAGUAACUGAUAUUUUGUGAGGUCAAUAAAAUACAUAAGGGAUUCCCUUACUGACUGUCUUAAAAUGUCUGAGUGGUACGAACAUGAGGCAAUGGGUAUAGGGCACUCUUUGCUUUCUGGAUGGAAUUUGGGCUGCUUCAGUUCAGCUUUUCCAGCUGUGCUUGUAGAAUGAGUUCAGGUUUUGUUUUGAGGACUGCUUAUUAGUCUUCUUCCCCAGUCAUGUGGAAAAUUGCUCACGGUGCUUUCUGAGGCCAGAAGAUGCAGUUCUCUGGAGCAGCUGCUCUCUUUGAACUUUGCCAGACAGGGCUCCUUUUAUCUCUGAUAAAGUAUUUCAUCAAAUUGUAUCCAUGGAUUCAAAUCACAAAAAGCUGCAGGCUGCCACGUUCCCUGCUUCAAAUUCUUUUUUCGUGUAAAAUAUUUUCAACUCCUCAGUCUUUGAAGGAUAGGUAGAGGGCCCCUAGGCUCAUCUAGCUUUAUCCUAGACAAUCCAUCCAUCUUAAAAGGUUUCUGUUAACAGUCAAUUCAGGACAUCAAUACGCACAUAUCUAUUGUAGCAGGAGGGACUGGCUUAUUUCCAGGAACUGGACUACUCAUUCUAUGAUGCAGGGAUGUGACUGUGAGGAGGAUUUGAACUCAGAUUUCUGUGUCAAUGUUGCUCUUGGUUCCAGGUGGAGGACUUAGUGUCAUCACUGCCCACCACCAUUGUUUCCGGCCCUAUGGGUAUUAGAGCCAACACCACUCUCUUGUCUGUAUAGGGUUUUCUUUUUGCAUCUUGAUUGGAAAGGCUGAUUGAGGCACAAAGGGCAUUGACAGGAUCUCCCUUUUUAUAUCUUCCUCCUUCCUUCUGCUUCUUCAAGUAUGCCUGAAGUACAUGUCUUUGCUUUCUCCAGUUUUUAGGCUGUGCAUCCAUUUCAUACGGGUGCCUGAACAAGGGGUAGGACAGGACAUCUUGUAGUAUCCUGAGUGAAGGAAUACCUGUAAUCUGAGAAGAAAACCAGAACCUUGUUAUGGAAAGAUAAACAAAUGUUUUACUUGACAGUUCCCUCCUGUUCCUCCUGAAUCCCUCUGAGAAUCAUUUUCAAGGGAGCAACUCUUAACUCAGAAACACGGGCAUUUACCUGAAAUUCUCCACUGCCACACCUAGCACCUUCCCUUCCACACUUUGCUUGAGUGACUUACCCUCUCAAGUGGCACUCUGUGCACAAGCCCUGUCUCCUCCUCUCAGGAUCCUGCUGGCAAUGUGAAAAUCUCCUUAGCAGUGCCCUAUGUCUCUGCCAGCUGGGGAAUGUAGGUAAGAUUUUUUUUUUUUUACCCCUUUACAGCAAGUGACCCCACACAUGGGCAAGUGUGUCAUGAAAGCAAAAGUGUAUGGACUGUUAGAACAUAAGGCUCUUUCCUGCUGGGAAAGGAAGGCUGAGGAUAAGAACACCACUUCCAUAGCAUACUUGCUGUUUUCAGCGGGGAACUGUGCUGCAAGCAGUCAGGACUGAAAAUAAUCUCUGUCUUCUUUAAAGUACUAAGACCUUGGUUGCGUGGUGGGUUGUGAGUUGCUUCACUUUUUAAACUUUUUUAUGCUCUUUACUUGAAUGUCAAGGGCUAUGAUUGUCACAAAUAAUAUCUGAGGUGGUGAUAUAUUAGCACAGAUACCACUGCUGCUGAAUUUGUAAUUGUUCCUAAAACUUUGCCAAGUGAAGUUAUUGUGUUUUACAAGAGUCACUGUUUGGAGCCAUCCUUGGAGAACUUGCCCCUGGCUGAACAAGAGUUUGUAGCAGCAGUGAGAGGGGUUCCUUUGUAAUUCUGUGCUGUAUCCUGAACCUUUUUUACUAAUCCUGUCUGUGUGUGCGAGUGCGCAUCUGUCCACGAACUGAAUGUCCUCUAACUACAGUGCAAUUAUUGUAUCAUACAGUGUGGAUGGGAGAAUGUUCCCUUGAGCUAUAAAUGUGUUUUGUACAGGUGAUAAUUGAAAGUGAGGUAGAAUUUGGAAUUAAAUUUUGUAAUAAAUACGUCUACUUUGAAGCAUUCUCUUUGUGUCUACAUCUUGGUGUGCAUUUUUCGCCCUUUCCUGUCUUCCUCACAUGCUUGAAGUAGCAACAUGAACUUUAAAUGGACUCACUGCUGAGUUUGAUCUAGGAUAGUGGUGAUCUACAUCAGCUUUUAGCACACAGGUGUUGCUGAACUACAGUUCAAGGAGGUCAGAUUUUACUGCAAUCCAAGCAAUUGCUGGUAAGCACAGCAGGAAGUGAAACUGGUAUAUUUGGAUGAGAGCAAAGUAUGUUGAAGCAGGUUUACUUCUCCCUGUUAAAGACGUGUUAAAUUGUAA